AUGGAAAAUAAAUUAGAAAAAUUAAUAAUAAGAUUAUUCGAAAUAGAAGUAGUAAAAUUCGGUAAUUAUAAAUUAAAAAGCGGAGUUUUUUCACCGAUUUAUUUCGAUCUUCGCGUUAUAGUUUCACAUCCAGACUUAAUGAAAUUAUUAACCGAUCUUCUUGUUGAACUUAUUCAAAAAUCCGUUAAUGAAAAAUUUCAACAUGUUUGUGGUGUUCCUUAUACAGCGUUACCCAUGGCGACACUCGUUUCGGUUAAUGUUGAUAAAUCAAUGCUAAUCAGAAGAAAAGAAGUUAAAGAUCAUGGAACGAGAAAAAUGAUUGAAGGAAGGUUUAAUAAAGGAGACAAUUGUAUAAUUAUUGAAGAUGUUGUCAGUAGUGGGUCAAGCAUACUCGAAACUGUGCAGGAAUUAAAAUCGGAAGGUUUAAAAGUUUCGAAUGCCAUUGUUGUUUUGGAUAGGGAACAAGGAGGUGUUAAAAACUUACAGGAUCAGGGAUUACAUGUUAACAUAUUAAUGUCAUUGGAUAAAAUAUUAGAAACACUUGUCAAACAUAAAAAAAUAUCGGAGGAAACAUUUAAGGAAGUCAAAGAAUAUGUAUCAAGAGUUAGAUUGACAAAUUUUAAAACGAAUCCAGGAACAAAUAAUGAUGUGAUAAAGAAUCGUUUGAGUUUAACAUUCGGUGAGAGAAGUAAAUUAGCCAAAUGUAAAAUAGCUAGAAAACUUUUCGACAUAAUCGAAAUGAAAAAAAGUUUGUUGUGUGUUGCUGCUGAUGUUGAUAAUUCAAACGAGUUAAUAAAGUUAGCAUCAGAAAUUGGUCCUCACAUUUGCAUAUUUAAAACACAUUUUGAUACAAUAGAAGAUUUUAAUAAAAAUUCAUAUUUUGAAUUAAUGAAAAUAGCUAAAAAUAAUAAUUUUUUAAUUAUGGAAGACAGAAAGUUUUCAGACAUAGGAAACACAGUAAAUCUUCAAUAUAAACUAAUUAAAAAUUGGUCUGAUAUUGUAACGACUCAUUCAAUUUCCGGCGAAUCAAUCAUUGAUGCUCUUAAAUCUUGCGUUAAGACCGACGAAGAAAAAGGUUGUUUCAUCGUUGCUGAACUUAGCUGUCAGGGAAAUCUCAUAGGAAAAGAAUAUUCAACGGCAACGGUCAAAAUGGCGGAAAAACAUUCUGAUUACGUAAUUGGAUUAGUUUGCCAAUCUCCAGAAUUGAUAAAAGUACCACAUUUGAUACAAUUAACUCCGGGUGUUAAAAUUGAAGAAGGUUCUGACGGUUUGGGACAAAAUUACAACAGUCCAGAAUAUGUUGUUUUGGAAAAAGGUGCGGAUGUAGCCGUCGUCGGAAGGGGAAUAAUAAAAUCACAAAAUCCAGAGAAGGCAGCCAUUUUGUAUAAAGAAAAAUUAUGGGAUGCAUCUUUAAAAAGAAUUUCGAUGUCGGGAUAG